ACGAGGUGAUGGACGCUUCCACCGCCAACGGGCUGUCAAAGGACAGCUACGAGCCAAUUGCGAUUGUUGGAAUGGGCUGUCGAUUGCCUGGAGAAUCUUACACGCCCUCGAAACUCUGGGACAACCUGCUAAGAGAUGGAAAGUCGUCAUGGUCAGAACUGCCCAAAAUUCGGUUCAACCUGGAUGCAUGGUAUCACCCUGAUGGCAGCAGACCAGGAAGUGUACAUACACGCGGAGGAUACUUCUUGAGCCACGAUGAACAUAUACGCCAAUUUGAUCCCUCGUUCUUCGGAAUAUCUCCUCUCGAGGCAGCUGCCAUGGAUCCACAACAACGCAAGCUUCUCGAGGUUGUGUAUGAGAGCUUUGAGAACGCUGGAGCUACUCUUGAGGAAGUUUCCGGUUCAAAGACAUCCUGCUUUAUUGGCUGCUUCACCAAUGAUAUGCGUCGAAUGACCUCCAGAGAUCUCGAAUAUGGGGCACCUUACGAGAUGACUGGUAGCGACAUGACCAUCUUGAGUAAUCGAAUCAACUACGUCUUCAACUUGAAGGGACCAAGCAUGACAGUCGAUACAGCUUGCUCGUCCUCGCUAUACGCCCUUCACAUUGCCUGUCAGAGUCUGAUUUCGGGUGAUUCGGAUGCAGCAGUUGUAGGCGGCUCAAACGUCAUAAACGAUAUUGAGCAACACAUCGCGAGUGUAAGACUUGGAGUCUUGUCUCCGACGUCAACUUGCCACACUUUCGAUGAGCGAGCAGAUGGCUUCGGUCGAGGAGAAGGCAUAUGUGCUAUAUACAUCAAGAAGCUCUCAGCCGCCAUUGCCAACAAUGACCCGAUUCGCGGCGUCAUUCGAGCUAUUGCUGUAAACAGUAACGGAAGAAGCCAAGGCAUCAAUCAUCCCAGCUCAAAGGGGCAAGAGGCUGUCAUUAGAGAGGCAUAUGCCAAAGCAAACCUCAGACACGAAGACACUGGUUACUUCGAAUGCCAUGGCACCGGUACGCCCGUGGGUGAUCCUAUCGAGGUUCGAUCGGCUGGAGACGUUUUUGCCUCUGGCAGGAGCCCACCAAACCCUCUUCUUCUGAGUUCUAUCAAAACCAAUAUAGGCCAUACGGAAGGCGCGAGUGGACUUGCAAGUGUCCUAAAGGCGGUAUUGAGCAUCGAGAAUAAUCUCAUACCGGCAACGGUAGGAGUGAACAAGCUCAAUCCAGCUAUCGACUUAAAAGGCGGCCGUCUUGAGGUUGUCAGGGCCACUAGGCCAUGGCCCAAAGGACUAUUCAAACGGGUCAGUAUCAACUCGUUCGGAUAUGGAGGCGGGAACGCACACUGUAUCGUCGAGUCACCCGACAUACUGCUUGAGGCUAGCCAUGGCUACGAGGCCGUACGAUCUGCCUUAACCGGGGUUCAUGAAAGUCUAGUAUCCUGUCAGAAGGUCGAUACUUCUGCCUUUCAAAUCCAUCGAACUCCUAAGAAGUACCUGUUUACACUCUCGGCUCAUGACCAGCUCGCCCUCACCCAAAAUAUCAACGCACUGGCAGUCGUGGCUGAUGAAUACUCUGCGGCCGACAUCGCGUAUACUUUGACUGCAAGAAGGACAAAACACCGUUGCACAGCAUUCGCGACUGUCACUCAACCAGACUUGAAGUCCCAACUCGUGCCAGAGCGUAUGAAACGUGGUUCCGAACUGGUUGCCGGGGAUUUGAUCGUCGCGUUCGUCUUCACUGGACAGGGCGCACAAUGGCCAACCAUGGGUUAUGGACUAGUCCAACAGUAUCCACUUGUACGCGAAACUAUGGCAGCUCUUCAAUCUGCACUAGACGUACUUCCAGUACCACCAACAUGGCGAUUAGUCGAAGAGCUAUCGAAGCCCGCGGACCAGAGUCGUAUGCAUGAGACAGCUCUAGCUCAGCCUUUGAGUACAGCGCUGCAGAUAGUUCUCACAAUACUCCUGCAGUCUUGGGGCAUACGAGCCAAAUGUGUCGUUGGACACAGUUCAGGCGAAGUCGCGGCAGCUUUUGCUGCAGGCCUACUCACAAGUGCUGAAGCUAUUGCGAUUGCUUAUUAUCGUGGCAUAGCAGUCACCAAGUAUGGCAGGCCAGGAGCCAUGAUGGCUGUGGGGUUGGGAUCAGGCGAAGUAUUGCAUUACAUCAAAGAUCAGCCUGAUGUCGUUGUUGCCUGUCAAAACUCUCCUCAGAGUGUGACUCUUAGCGGCGGAGCAGCCGCGAUUGCUGGAGUUCAUGCAUGCCUUUCUCAGGCAAGGGUCUUCUCACGUAUCCUGAACACCUCGCAGAACGCUUAUCAUUCGCAUCUCGUCAGAGAAGCUGGCCAAUACUACGAAGACUCGUUCAGGUCCUCGCUUGCAGCAUCGACGUCCAUAGCCGAAACCACUAGCAUUCCUAUGUAUUCCUGCAUAAACGGAGAAGUCCUCGACAGCCCAAGCAAGGUGCGGAUCGACUACUGGAGGAAGAAUCUGGAGAAUCCUGUAAACUUCACGCAAGCUUUGUCAAUCUUGAUCGAGGCACAACCAACUGUCAAUUGUUUGAUUGAAGUGGGAAUGCAUAGCGCACUUGUAGGUCCCAUCAAACAGAUCCGAUCCUCUUUAGGCAUCAAACCAGAGGAACUCUGUUACCUACCAAGCAUUAUACGAGGCGAAGACAAUGUCGACAACGUCCUUAAUCUUGCUGGAGCACUCUGGACUGCUGGUUAUCCAAUCGAUCUGACGGCUGUCAAUGGAGUAGGCAAAUUCUUGCCGGAUCUGCCCACCUAUCAGUGGAACUACGAGGGAGACCUCUUGUGGUCAGAAAGUCGUUUGAGCCGUCAACUGCGAUUUCGCAAACAUGCACGCCAUGAUCUGCUAGGCACCUUGGUUGUGUCAUCCUCCGCCAACAACCCAAUAUGGCGAAACAGACUAAAGAUCAAGAAUGUCCCAUGGCUCGCUGACCAUCAGAUCGGGCAUGACGUGAUUUUCCCAGCAGCUGGAUACUGUGCUAUGGCAGUCGAAGCGGUGACACAAUUCGCAGAAUCUUCUCAGACAGCGGCUGCCGGCUACACAAUUCGAAAUCUAUCAAUCAAGGCACCUCUUGUCAUUGCACCGGAUGAGGAGGCUGAAACUCUAUUUGGCCUUCACCUCCUGCAUAGCUCCAACUCACGAAUCAAUCGCAGAACGUUCGAGUUCAGCUUGAGCUCAGUCAGUGCGGAAGAUAAAUGGACGGAACACGCUUCAGGCAAGAUCAUUCUCCAGGAUUCUGAUGAGAUGCCAAGCAUUCGAAGUGACUAUGGCAACGGUAUCGUGUGUACUGAGACUAUGGGAAAGAGCGAUGAUAUAUGGUACGCAGCGCUUGCCAAGAUUGGGUUGCAAUAUGGGCCGACCUUUCGUCCGUUGGCAAAUAUCCGAAGCACCGAGAAGGAAGCUGCGACUGCGUGCAUUGACUUGCAACCAACGAAAGACGUCAUGGUUGGCGAGUCUCGCUACGCUGUUCACCCCGCCACUCUUGAUGCCUGUAUUCAACUUGCAGUCAUCGCAGCAUGCAAAGGCGAUGUCGCAAGUAUCAUGAAAGCAUACCUACCAACAACUAUCGAGAAUCUGACGAUCUGGCAGACUGCGGAUCUGCCCCAUCCACCAGCUCAGGGUCUUCUUUUCAGUCAUGGUUCUUGCCAUGGCAUGCGGUCCGUUCAUGGGUCAUCUGAGCUUGUCAAUCUGGAAGGGCAUCCACUAGCGCAAAUGAUAGUAUCCUUGCUUUCAUUGGAAGGGGANUUUGCUGACCAGAAACUCGAGCAAGCUCGUGAACCAUUCACACGGCUUGUUUGGCAACCAAUCCCGGAUCCGCUUGAAGACCAGACUUCACUCAAUUAUUUCCCAGAUUUUGCUGAUGACGGCCUUACACCGGCACCAAAACUCUGGCUGGUCUACAAAGACUCACCUCAUUCUCUGGUCAAACAAAUUGAGACAUGUGCGAAGGGCUCGGACAUCAAUGUCCAAAGUAUCUCUCUUUCAGCUGUCCACACCUAUGUGUCUAAAAGUUCUCGAAUUCUGAUGCUAGCGGAACUCGAGAGUCCGAUGCUCAUAAACGUGACCAGCAAAGAGAUGGAUGCGGUGAAGACAAUGUUUUAUCUGGCUUCCUCUGUCUUAUGGAUCACUCCUGGUGGUCUACUCAAAGGCAAGAAGCCGGCAUACUCUUUGUUUUCGGGUAUGAUCAAGUCCAUCACGAAAGCGCAGCCCUCUCUCCGUCUAUCAAACAUCGAUGUUGAUCCUGACGACAAUGAUGACAUACACACGGCCAAACUGAUUCUUCAGCAUGAGCUACGUCUUCACAAAGAUAGCGACCGCGUUAUUGAUGAUCAACUCGUGAUUCUGAAUGGUUUCGUAUACGCAAGCCGUUACAUUCCUGACGAACACGCAAACCACGAUUUCGCACGUCAACUCAAGCCUGACCCAAAGCCAUGUCAGAUGAAGGACAAUUUGGAACUGACUUUCGAGCAAGUCGGUCGCAUGGAAAGCUUUUACUUCAAAGAGAAGCCCGAGGCACCAUUUCUCGGAUUCGAUGAAGUGCAACUGAGACCAAUAGCUUACGCACUCAGCCAACGUGAGGCCGCCAUUCUCAAAGGUACACAAAUUGGCACUCACUUCAGCAACAUGUGUGUCGCCUUGGUAGAACAUCUUGGAUAUCAAGCUGAGAAGUUUAAACCAGGCGACCGCGUGGUUUGCUGUAGUCCCGGCAGAUUUGACAGUUCAUUGAUUGUAAGCGAGAGCCAAUGCAAAUUGCUGGGACCUGAAGAAGGUACCGAAGAUGUGAUUGCUUCAUUGUUACCUUAUUGUGCAGCCAUCCACGCUCUCCGAAACGCCACAGAAGGACAAACGAUACUGAUCCAUGAGGUAUCGGAAACUCUAGCUAUUGCAGCGACACGCUAUUCACAAGCAUAUGGAUUCAAAGUCAUUCUGUCACGUGAAUCAGAAGAAGAUAUAGCAUUGUUCACGGCGAGGUAUCCAGACAUCAGCAACCAUGCGCAAUGUAUAACCCACUCGGGGAUGGCGAUGAAACUUUCGACUCUGACGGCAAACCAAGGAGUCAGCCUAGCACUGAUACAUUCGAAGAGCUCAACUUCAUCAGAGGUUUGGCGAUCUCUGGCUAGAUAUGGCUGUCUCAUGUACAUCUUGGAAGACUCGGAGAUGCCUGAUCUAAGCUUGUUAGAUCCGUCAGUCUUUGCGAGGGGUGCCUCGGUCAUUUCAUCUGAUAUGUACGACAUGCUUGCUAAACAACCAGCGGAGAUGAACAAGCUUGUUCAAACUGUCCUGAACCUGCUGCGAGAUGGUAUGCUUCCGAAAUUUGCGCCUGCUGCGUCUUAUGAUGUGUCAGAACUGCCAGCUGCAGUUGCUGCGAAAAUUCAAAGCAAAACAGCUCCUGACAUCGCUCUUACAUAUGACCGUCACAACGUGGUCCCUGUCCAUGUGCCCUACGAACAAGUCUCGUUCAGCUCAGAGUCAUCUUACCUGCUUGUUGGAUGCCUGGGCGGGCUCGGUCGAAGUCUUGUUCGAUGGAUGCUGUCUCGGGGUGCAAGGCACUUUGUCUUUCUCUCAAGAUCAGGAACAGGCAAGCCUGAAGCAGCAGUGUUCAUCAGCGAGAUGGAAGCGCUUGGGGGUAGGCCUGUUGUUGUCAANGGCGACGUGAGCAUCCGCUCAGAUGUGGACAACGCUAUCACGCAAGCAAGAACGCCAAUCAGAGGAGUAAUGCAACUGGCAAUGGCACUCACAAGCGAUCUGUUCGAGAAAAUGUCACUAGAAGACUGGCACAAAGUGUUGGCUCCAAAAGUGCAAGGCACGAUAAACAUCCACGAAGCAUUACUGCAAGAACCGCUAGACUUCUUCGUGAUGACCAGUUCAACCCUAGGAAUUGCCGGAGCCUCAACCCAAAGCAACUAUGCUGCUGCAAACGCCUUCUUGGACUCUAUGGCACGACAUCGCUGGAGCUUGGGUUUAGAAGCAUGUUCCAUCGCCCUUGGCAUGGUCGUUGGCGUCGGACACAUGGAGUCUCAUCCCGAUGUCAAAGCAGCUUUCCAACAAAGAAACGUGUACGGCAUCCCCGAAGACGAGUUUUUGAAGAUGAUGGAGAUGGCAUGUAGACCUCGGGGCAGCGUUGCACCUGUCUCUGAGCAUGAUCCUCUGAGUGUAUCACACAUGAUCACCGGCAUGGAGCCCAGUAAGAUUGCGAAUUCGGGCAUGCAAUUUCCAUGGCUUACUGACCCCCGUUUCCACGAUAUCGCUGCUGCAAUCGCAAAAACCGGCAAAAAGAGUCCCACGUCUGCUGACUCUGCUGCAACCACCACAUCCGCUCUCCGCACCGCCAUCGCCUCGAAAGAUGACUCCUCAGUCCGUUUGACCCUUCAAUCCCUCAUCCUCUCCCAUUUCUCCAAACUCAUCAUGGCGCCGAUGGAUAAACUGACUGCCUCCUUGAAUCGGCCCAUGUCAGAGUUUGGCAUGGAUAGUAUGAUCGUCGCAGAACUGCGCAGUUGGGCAUGGAGGGAGUUGAAGGUUGACUUGCCGUUCAUGGUGCUCUUGGAGGGAGACUUGACACUUGAUGGACUUGUAGAGUUGGUAUGGACGAAGAUGGAU